AUGGCGGGAUACGAGCGACUGAGUUUUAUGGAUGCGUACCGAGGCUACCACCAAAUUGCUCUGGCGAAAGAGGACCAGGUGAAGAUGACUUUCAUUUCCCCUCGAGGAGCGUACUGUUAUAACGUUGUUCCGUUUGGAUUGAAGAAUGCUGGGGCUACUUUUCAACAGACCAUAACUAAAAAAUUUCUUGGGAUGCUCGGCAGAAUAUUGGAGGCCUACAUUGAUGACAUGGUAUGUAAAAGUAAGUACGCUCGGGAUUACCUUCGGCAUUUGGGCGAGGUCUUUGCCGUUCUAAAACAACAUAAGCUUCGCCUAAACGCGGAGAAAUGUGCGUUCGAUGUUGGCUCUGGAAAAUUCCUUGGUUACAUGGUAAGCCGCCGAGGAAUUGAGGCCGAUCCAACACAACUCACAGUAGUGCAAAAUAUCCAAGCUCUAACUACAAUCAAGGAGGUGCAACAACUCACGGGAAUGGUGGCCGUGUUGAAUUAUUUCAUUCGACGCUCAGAUGAUCUUUGCCGAUCGUUCUUCCAAGCGAUCAAGACUAGUCAACGACGGUUCGUGUGGACCGAGGAAUGUGAGCGGGCUUUACAGUCAUUAAAGGCAUACCUUUCCCAUGCUCCAUUCCUCGUUACACCCCUGCCGGAAGAAGAUUUGUACCUCUAUCUUGUUGUUUCGGACCAUGCAACCAGUUCAGUUCUCGUUCGGAAAGAAGGGAUGGAACAUCUGCCAAUCUUUUACUCGAGCAAGACGAUGAUGGACUCUCAAACGAGGGGACAGGCUUUGGCUGACUUCUUUGCUGAGCUUACUCCUGGGUUGCAAGAUGAAGCCAAUGCUCUGGCUACAGCUGCGGAAAAAGCUCGGAUCGCCGACGAAGAAGCUUUUGUAGAGUGGAGUGAUCCUCUUUCUGAAUCCUUGCGUGCUCAGUAUACCGCAGGAACGAAAAAGCCUAAGAGAGAAUGGAAGCUCUUUUCAGGAGUUGUUUGGCAAAUGACGGUCGAUGGGGCUUCCAACGUUAACGGCGCAGGAGCUAGGAUUGUUCUUGUCUCACCAAGUGGAACCGUUCACGAAAGUGUCGUUUCCAUUGGCUACCCGGCAACAAACAAUGAAGCCGAGUAUGAAGCUCUUAUUGUUGGCUUACAACUUGCACUUCGGCAUGACGCAGAUUCGUUCGACCGAGUGGAGGUGGAAUGGAUCGCUCGGGAACAUAAUGAUCACGCUGACGCCCUAGCAGGUCUUGCUUCGGUUUACAAGACCUCGGGCAGUCACACCAUUGUGUUUGAUGAAGUUGAAACUCCUAGUUUCGAGCCAUCCGUUUAUCCGGUCAUGACAAUCACACUCGGUCCAAGUAAGAUGGAUCCAAUAAUUGCGUAUUUAAAGAACCAAGUUCUCCCACCGAACAGAAGGGAAGCACACAAGAUCCGUUGUCAGGUAGCUAACUAUUUCCUUGAUCUGAAUGAUAAUCUCUACCGAAGAACCUUCACUGGCCCCGACCUACGAGUUGUUCAUGAAGAUCAAGUAGAGAGUGUUUUGGACGAGCUUCACUCUAGAAGUUAUGGGGCACAUUCGGAAGGACGGACUAUGGCCCAACAAGCGCUCACCCAGGGUUAUUGGUGGUUAAAGAUGGCUUUUGACAUUGUUGGCAAAAUGCCAAAGGUGCCUGGCGGAUUUGAGUACAUGCUUACGGCCACUGACUUAUUUACUAAAUGGGUAGAGGCUUCUCCACUGGUCAAGACCACAGUCGGGGAUGUGGAACGCAAUGGUCAAGCCGAGGCGUCCAACAAGACCAUCACUUGGGGGCUCAAGCGUCAUUUGGAUCGGAAGCUCGGCUUGUGGGUUAAAAAGCUUCCUCAUGUUCUAUGGGCCUAUCGUACUACUCCUCGGCAGUCCACCGGCUGCACUCCAUUCUCAAUGGCCUAUGGAAUGGAAGCUGUACUCCCCUUGUCCACAUUGAUCCCCACUACUCGAAUGGAGAACUUCAACCACGUUGAUAACAAUGCUCUUGUGGGUGCUGAGUUGAACUUCGCUGAAGAACUUCGGGAUAACGCCAACCUUUGGCAUGCGGCGUAUCAACAGGAAGUUGCUUGGGGCUACAACAAGAAUGUUUGA